AUGCACGUAUCUCUCCAUCGCCCACUAACCCGCCUGACAGCCAUGGAGUACAACGGCUCGUCCGCGCCCGCGCAGCAGCCCGCGCGACCGCACAAGCGCUCUCGCACCCGGCAGGCGUGCGACCGCUGCCGCGACCGCAAGACCAAGUGCAGCGACCAGCGUCCUUGCCAGCCAUGUAUCCUCGCCGGAUCGACCUGUGAGGACUGGCGGCCUGGUGGACCGGGCCCGGACCAAGGAGGCGGCCAGGCGCCGGCUCGAGCCGAGACAGCCCACCACCACCAGCACCACCAUCACCAUCAGCACCACGCCCCGCCGCCGCCGACGACGACGUACUCGGCCCCGCGCACCGAGCACCCCUCGCUGUCGCCGCCCGUCAAGCCCAAGCCCUCAGUGCUUGACUUUACCGCGCCGGCCCUCCCAGCGCCAUACAGCGGCGGCGCGGUGGACGACGUCUCGGCAUGGCCCCAUCGCCCGCGGGACGACCGCCUCCUCCGCCUCGCGUUCCCCUAUGACAGCGUGUACAAGAACGAGCGGGGCCGGUUCCGCGCGCUCGGCCUCAGCUCGGGGCUCGGCACGCUGAGCUACCUGCACCAGCACCACAAGCUGAUCAGCAGCACCAACAACCCGCUCGACUCGUUCCUGGUCGACAUGCCCGCCGAGGCGCUCCUCCCGCCCGAGCUGGCCUCGCGCGACCCCGGCGCACCGUGUACGUUUAUCCAGCCGUGCCCGCAGCUGUGGGACAUGGUGACGGAACACGUGCCGCCGAAUGUCAUCUGGGCGCUCGUCCGCCAGUUCCUCGAGUCGACGUACCUCCUCUGGCCGACGUUCCUCCUGCCUACGUUUGUCGAGAAGUGCGGAGACGAGGACGCGCGCUCGACGCCAGACUUUAUGAUGCUGCUCCUCAGUAUCUGCGCUCUGACGGCCAGGGAGCGCCUGCCGCCCGCCACAACGGGCGAGGACGUCAGCUCGCGCUUCUUCGAUCUCUACUGGCAGGUGAAGCGGCGGUUCCCCCGCGUCGACCAGUCGACGCUGCCCUGUAUCCAGUCGUGUGUCUACAUGGCUCUGUACUGCUACGGCGGGUCGGGCACUAACGGUGUGCUUGAAGGCCACACGCUGAGCAGCGAGGCCGUCUCGUUCUCGCUCGACAUUGGCCUGCACCGCAGUGUCGACGCCUACACGGCGACCUUCACCCCCGUCGACAUUGAGAUUCGCAACCGUACCCUCUGGGCAGUGUACUGUGUCGACAAGAUGUCCGCGUUCCACGGCCGGCCGAGCAUGCUGCGUCUCAACGACAUUGACAUCGAGGAGAUGAACACGUCGUCGGCUGCCUUCUCGGAGCGCCUGUCGUCGUCCUCGGCCUCUUUCCUCCCCUACAUCCGCACCUUUGUCCGCCUCAUGAUCGUGCUUGAGCGGGUGCUCGAGAAGAUCAACAUCCCGAGUUGUACUGGCUCCAGCGCGGUGAACAAGGCGUCGGCCGGCAUCCGGCGCAUCAAGGAGACGAUCAUGCACUCGGACGCCGACUGUCCAAGCCUGCACGCCCCAGUAACCUUCAACCUUGAACUGCAGAUGCUCGACGACUUCAUGACGCGCGACCUCGCCACCCCCUCACGUCAGAUGGAAGACGACAACAUGUUCGACUGCCACCGCGAGCGCCUGCGCACGUGGUGCUCGUCAAUCAAGGCCGCCAUCUACCGGCACCUAGUGACCGUCGCCAACACGGACAUUGGCAUCGAGCCGCCGGUGCUCAAGCACGCAGAGGACGUGCUCUACUGGACGCAGGACGCGCUCUCGUCGCAGCGCAAGAUGAUCGAGCGCGGCUCGCUCACCGACUGCGGGAGCACGUGUGCCUUCCUCAUCGGCCAGGCGGGACUCGGCAUCAUCCCCAUCAUCUACCUCUCGCGCCCCGUCCCCUCCCCGCACCUCAACCUCCCCGACACGCCGUACCAGGUCGCCCUCAGCCUGUCGAUGCAGCUCCUCUGCCGCCUGAGCGACCGUUUCCCCGCCGCCUCGCGCUCGCUCAACAUCCUCGACGACAACGUCACCAGACUGGACAUUGCGCUGCCGACCAAGACCGAGCUGCGGCUGCCCACCGGCGCGCCGUGCAAGGAGCUCAAGACGGGCACAGCGGAGAAGGCGAGGUGGAUCGUCGACCUCCCGCUGUCCAACCCGCUGGCCCUCAUCUCGUCCGCGUUCGACUUCACUACCGUCUUCCCAGACUGCAGCCCAGCGGGCGUGACGCCCAGCACGGCGGAUAUGAGCGUGACGAGCAACGCCGCGACGGCGGGCACGGCGCCGGACCCGCUCGCCAGCCUCGGCGUGUCCCACACGCCGCCCACGCCGGCGACCAAGGCGCCGACGCCGGUCGCGAAGGUGCCCACGCCGACACCGCUCCUGCCGACGCCUGCGCCGCAGCCCAAGCCGGACAUUUCGCAUGUCCAGGCGCUGCUGGCACUGUCGCAGUCGCUUGCGGCGUCGGCCAAGCCGCCUGCGCCGUUCAACGGCGACGACGGGUGUGAGUAUUAG